AUGGUCCCAGGCACCUUUUCCAUCAUCCUUGCCCCUGUGGCUGCCAGCUCCAAGCCCCCAAGACGGAAUAUCACCACCCCACCUAGUGGCUUGGAGCCAGCUUCUCCCCUAAUUCCCCCAGCUUACGGAGCCGCAGGGAGCAAAGGCGCCAAGAACCACCCGUGGCGGGAGCAGGGCGUCUUCGUCUCCGCCCUCUUCUCCCUUGGUCGCAGGGAGCCGCUUUACAUCCUAGUGGGGCAGCGGGGAGAGGAUGCCUGUCCCCGAGUAAGCGGGGCCCGUGGGAAAGGGGGGAGCCGGCAGAGCCAGCGCGUCUGUCUCGGAGAGACUCGGACCGCUGAGGAGCACGCGGCGACGGAGGGGGCCGAAGGGGUCCCGGGGUCGCGGCGCCGGGCGGGAGGCGGGGGCGCCACCUACAUCUUUCGGCUGCGCGUCGGCGAGCUGGAGCCACUGCUGGUGACGGCCGGAGGGGGCGGGCGGGCCUACCUGAGCGCCAGGACCGAGGCUGCCCCUGAGAAACUGGAGAGCCGCUCAGCGACGCCCGGAAGCAGAGGGGGAAGCGGGGCCGUGGGGAGAGGCGGCCCCGCAGGUGGAGGGGGCGGCUGGACGUCGGGCCGGGCCCCCUCUCCGCAGGCCGGCCGUCCACUGCUGGAGGGGGCGGGGGGCGGCCAGGGCUGCGCAGAGGCCUGGGCUACACUUGGCCGGAGGCUUGGGGGCGGCGGCGGGGCCUGUACUGCGGGUGGAGGCGGCGGCGGCGGCUACCCGGGCAGUUUCCAGGCCUCAGAGACUGACAUCCUCUGGGUUGAUGGAGAAGAUGGGGUAUCCUUCAUACACCUCUGCAGCGAAGGCUUUCUGCAGCCUCUGGCAGUCAUGGAGAGCCACAGGGAGGUAGAGAUCUGACUGCUCCUCAACUGUAGUCAUUGCCAUUGCCAGUGGCAGGCAGAGCUCUGGUUAGCCAAAUGCAUGUGCCCAGGGGGCAUGGAGCUAGCUGCAGGUAACAUUACAUGCAUGGUACAGGUUAAGUCCUGCCUUGACCUGCCCACCUCACCAGGCCCUCUGGUUCUGUUGGUGACUGUUGUGACCUCUACAUUGAGCCUCCUUAUGGUGUGUGGGGUUCUUAUUCUGGUGAACCAUAAGAAGUGGCAGGGCCUGUGGUAGAUGAGGCUGCACGACCCUGAGCUCAAGCUGAGCUACCUUCAAACCUCCACCACCAGGACACCUCAACCUUACUACUGCCAGGUGGGGUUUGGCCCCGCCCAGCCCUGGCCUCUGCCCCCAGGACUUACAGAGGUUUCCCCAGCCAAUGUCACUCUGCUCAGAGCACUGGGCCAUGGCGCCUUGGGAGAAGUCUAUGAAGGACUGGUAAUUGGCCUUCCUGGGGACCCCAACCCCCUGCAGGUGGCUGUCAAGACCCUGCCAGAACUCUGCUCUAGUCAGGAUGAGCUAGAUUUCUCACCGCAUCAGUGACUGGGGUAUGUGCACCUCCCACACUGCACAUUCAGCCAUCAGAACAUUGUGCGCUGCGUGGGGCUCAGACUCUGGACUGCCCCUCGCCUAAUUCUGCUGGAGUUGAGGUCUGGAGGGGACAUGAACAGUUUCCUGAGGAACAACCGGCCACACUUGGGCCAGCCAUCACCUCUGGCCAUGUGGGACCUGCUCCAGCUGGCUCAGGACAUAACCCAGGGCUGCCACUACCUGAAGGAAAAUUUUUUUGCCUGCAGGGACAUUGCUGCCAGGAACUGCCUGCUGGGCUACACUGGACUCAGCCCAGUGGUACUGUACCAUGACACGGUGUUGGCAGCACCAACCUCAGCUGUGCCCCUGUUUUGCCAGCAUCUUGGAGCAUCUUCAGUACUGCAUUCAGGACCCGGAUGUGCUGAAUUUAUUCCUGCCAAUGGAGCUACUGCCCACUCUGGAUGAGGAAAAGGCUUCUGGGCUG